CAGCCCCGAGCACACACACAUAGAGACAUACACACACACACACAUAGACACACGGCUCGUCUUGGGCUGCCUCCUUGUACAGCUGUGUUCCUUUUCCUGCCUUGUGUAUGCAGUGCAGUGAGUGGGGGAUGUCGUCUGGCUGCUCUUCUCCCUCAAUCAAUGCUGAGGAUCCAUUACCUGUGUGAGCUGUGAUCCUGACACACGGAUCGUGGGCUCACAUCUCCUCGCUCGUCUUCCUCCUCGCACGUUUCCUCGUCUGCUUGCCUUUUCCUUGGGCCCUCCUCCUCCUCUCCUGUCUGUGUGUGUGAGGGAAGAGAGAGAGAGAGAGAGAGAGAGAGAGAGAGAUGGCUGCGGACGGAGCUCGGUCCAGGUUCGGCAAUCUGGGCCAUCGUGGUGCCGGGGGAAGUAAUAGCAGCAGUCCUUCGUCCAGUCCUAAGCUCGGAGGGGGUAAGAGCAGGACUCCCCCCCAGUCUCGCAAACCGGCCACUCCUUCCUCACCUGGCACCAAGCACCAACCGUUCAGACAAGCCUCUGCCUCCCCUGGACAUACCUUCAGGAAAGUCACCCUCACCAAACCUACCUUCUGUCAUCACUGCACAGACUUCAUCUGGGGGCUAGGAGGCUUCCAAUGUGAAGUUUGCAAUUUUAUGUCCCAUGAAAAAUGCUUAAAACACGUGAAGACUCUGUGCAGCUGUAUGGCUCCAACUUUAGUGCGGGUCCCUGUUUCACAUUGCUUUCGUCCACCUGGACAUCACAAAAAGAAGUUCUGCGCAGUCUGUAGAAAACUUCUGGAAGACAGUUUGGCCUUACGGUGUGAAGUUUGUGAGCUCCAUGUGCACACAGAUUGUGUCUUUUUCACCUGCAGUGACUGUCGGCAAUGCCACCAUGAUGGAGAGCAGGACCAUGAUACAUACCACCAUCACUGGAGAGAGGGAAAUUUGUCUUCAAAUGCUCGUUGUGAAGUCUGCAAAAAAACGUGUGGCUCCUCUGAAGUCCUUUCUGGCAUGAGAUGUGAAUGGUGUGGUAUUCAGGCACAUGCAGCUUGUUAUGUAAUCCUGAACCAUGAGUGCACGUUUGGAAGAUUAAGAAAUAUGGUACUUCCGCCAAACUGUGUUCACUUACAGUCUCGCAACUUUAGUAAGCUGCAGUGCUUCAGAAUAUCGGAGAAUGUUCAAACAGAACCAGAUGAAGACAAUGAAACAGAUGGAAUAACACAAGGAUCAGUAAAAGAGACUCCCACAUCAAAUGAUUCAAGCAAGCAAACUUUAAAGAUUUACGAUGGUCUUGAUGCAGUAAAGCGGAAUCAGCCACGGAUUAUUUCUGUUCCAAGGAUCACGAAGAGUGAAGAAGCUGUGGAGGCAUCUUUGAGGGCAUUCUACAUUCCUGAUGACCCACAAGAUUAUGAGCUUCAGACGCUAACUCCGCAGACAUUGGUCUCUGAUGAUGUCAUCAACAGAAAUGGAGCAAUAGAUGAUGGCAAAGUCAGUUCAGUGUUUAAAGAGGCAACACCUGAGGCUUGGAUAAUUGGGGCAAAACCAAAGGAGAGAGAAGUCAUUAAAGUCUAUCUUGGCUGGAUGAGAGUUGGUGUGGCAUAUAUUUCCAUUUCUGUGAAUUCUGAGAACACCGUGCAGAAUGUAAUUCAGGAGGUUCUGUCACAAGUUUGCCGUCAGAAAGAAAAUCUAGAGGAUUUCAGGCUUGUGGAAAUUCUUAUGGGUAGCAAGCAAGUGCAGAGAAUGGUGCUUCCAGUUGAAGAAUUAAUACUUGAGCGAUUAAAAGAUAUUCGCAAGACUUCUAUACGUCAAAUGAGCCAAACCAGGUUUUACUUGGAAGAAAAUACAAUGCCUGAUAUUCAAGUAGAGCUAUUGGUUAGUGGUUUGCCAGUCUUGCUAUCUGGAGAAGAAUACACCAAUAUCUUAAGAGAUAGCUUAGGAAUAAAAGAAAAUGUGUUGGCUGUGGUUCCAGCCUAUGCCCCUCAAGGUGCUGUUGUGUUGCAGAUUUCUUGUUUUUCUGAGGCUGAGCGUAUAUUUAUGCUGGUGAAAGACACAACUGUUAACAACAAGCAGCUUACUGCUGUCAUCAUUCCACAUCUUGUGCAUGAAAAAUUACCUCAGAGUUCAUGUCCUCUUUUGGUAUUUGUAAACCCUAAGAGUGGAGGCCUAAAGGGCCGCGAACUCCUCUACAGUUUCCGCAAGCUGUUGAACCCACAUCAAGUCUUUGAACUGACCAAUGGUGGUCCUCUCCCUGGAUUUCAUACUUUCGCUAAAGUCCCUUUUUUUCGAGUACUUGUUUGCGGUGGCGAUGGUACAGUUGGUUGGGUGCUUGGUGCACUUGAGGAAAUCCGGCACAAAUUGGCAUGCACAGAACCAUCUAUAGCAGUCUUACCUCUAGGAACAGGUAAUGAUCUGGGUAGAGUUCUGCGAUGGGGAGCAGGUUACAGUGGCGAAGAUCCAUAUUCCAUCCUUUUAUAUGUUGAUGAAGCAGAAAAUGUUCUUAUGGAUCGCUGGACAAUACUUCUUGAUGCUCAGGAGGUUGUUGACUCCAUGGAAAAUGGUAUUUCAGAACCGGAGCCACCAAAGAUUGUCCAAAUGAAUAACUAUUGUGGAAUUGGGAUUGAUGCAGAAUUAAGUUUGGAUUUCCACCAUGCUCGUGAAAUUGAACCUGGGAAAUUCAAUAGCAGGUUCCAUAAUAAAGGUGUCUAUGUUAAAGCUGGUUUACAAAAGCUAAGUCACAAUCGAAAUUUACAUAAAGACCUGAAACUUCAAGUGGAUCAACAAGAGGUGGAGCUGCCAAAUAUAGAAGGCCUCAUCUUCCUAAAUAUUCCCAGCUGGGGCUCAGGAGCUGAUCUUUGGGGCUCUGAUAAUGAUAAUCGAUAUGGAAAGCCAAGAAUCGAUGAUGGAUUGCUUGAAGUUGUUGGUGUAACCGGUGUAGUCCACAUGGGCCAAGUUCAGGGAGGACUUCGAUCCGGUAUUCGAAUUGCACAAGGAUCAUACUUCCGUGUAACACUUCUGAAGCCUAUUCCAGUCCAAGUUGAUGGGGAACCUUGGAUCCAGCCCCCCGGCCAGAUAAUCAUUUCUGCUGCAGGACCAAAGGUUCACAUGCUAAAGAAAUCAAAACAAAAGCAAAAGAAAUCUUCAAGUUCCAAAGAAACAAAAGGAGAUUCUGUUACACAGAACAACAAUGGAAGUUAGGGAGAUCUCUAAUGGAACCUUCCAGAAAAUCAUGACAUCUGACAUGAGGCAUGUUGGAACUAGAUUCUAGUCUUGUGUUCCACUGCAGGAGGCUAGCCGGAUGGAAACUCCUCUUCUACAGUAUCCCUAAUAUUGUCUAUGUAAUAUGCAGUCAUCUGCGGAAUCUUCGUCCUUACAGCUUCCAUUAACCAUCUGAAAAUAAUCAGGGUUGUCGCCUUGUAUCUGUAGACUUAUUUCUGCCUGUAAAGGUGACAGUUGCUUGUGCAUGACACAAACCAGCUGCUGUGGUGCACUGUGGUUGCCCUUUUAAUGUCCAUGGUGGGACCAUUUAUAGAACUUGGUUAUGCCUAGAUGUUGUACGGGGUAACUACCACUUAUUUUUGCUGUUCCUAGUACUGAAAUGCUUGAUGUUUAAAGGCAGAAUUUAAAAAAGGCACCUAAUACAUUGUAUCUAAAACCUACAUCAAGAGCCUCACUGGAAAAAAUCUCAUCCCAUGCUGCAUUCUGUACUGUACAAACACUAUUUUUAGACAGUCUAUUUUCUAAGAAGAGGUAUUAUCAAUACAUAUCUGACCUCCAAAGUGUUUAGGAAAACCGUAAUUCCCUGUGAGCAUUUGUCUAGCUUUAUUCUUCUUGUAGUAAGCUACAAAGAAGACAUUAGGAGCAUAGUUUUCCAUACUGUGAUGGAAUGUAUGGCAAUUAGUACUGUAAGUAUUUUAUAUCUACUGACCAUAGGAUGUUAUAUAUUUAUUGUUCUAAAACAAGGAAAUAGUUUCCAACUAAACCGUAUUUAUUGAACUUGGCAGUGGUAGAGAAUAAGGGUUUCUCAAUGUUAAAAUUAUUUGUUGCAUUUAAGGAACUCCUAGACAUUUAAAACACAAUUUAGCUUUAAUGUAAUAUGUUUGUAUGUAAGUGCUUUUUAGUAGGAUUUGGUUAAAAAAAAAAAAGUGAACUUUCUAUUGUUUAUGCUUGACAAAUUACAUUUUUAUUGAUUUUAGAAUGUAAUUCAGCGAAAUCAGAAGACUGUGUCUUUUUUUACAAUGUGGUUGUACUAGUAAUACAUUUGGUUUAGUAUAUAUGUAUUGCAUCAAAUUGCUAUACAUACUGAUAUCCAAAUACUUUCCUACUUAAACUACCUUAUGGGACAGUUAUUUACAUCGCUCAUGUAAAUAGCUAAAGUGCUCUGUUUUUUGAGCUGCGUUCUAGUGUAUGCAGGUAUGUGUGUGUUUGUGAAAAUAUAUAGAGAGAUAUAUAUAGACAAACGCACACACAUAUCAUACGGUGCAUAGUGGGAUGUCAUUUAAUAGUUGGUAUAAAUAUUUCUCUCUUAAUAUAGAUCAUAAUACUUUUGGAAAUGAGACCUUUACAUACAGGCAAUAUAUUUCAUAGAUUCCAGUACCAGUAACACAAAUAACUUUCUAAUAGGUUAUUAUUCACCAGAAGCAUUGCCAUACAUUUUACUGCAUCAAAAUCCAUUGCUUUCAAAAUGUUGUAUUGUGUGUUUGUAGUGCAUUGGGGAAAAAAAGUUCUCCUUCUGCCUUGUGUGUUGACCUGCAGUUUGUCAUUCAAGUUAAUUCUUUAAAAGAGGCAGUACAUGGUAACAAGAGUUAAGCCACGUGUACUGGUGACAAAGAGCCCUUAUGCAUCACGGCCAUGCAGUAAUUACUUGGAUGAUUGUAGGCUUUACUUUUUAUAAUGCAGAACGCUGUGCUAUGGUUGAAUCAAUUUGUGUGUGUUUAUUUCAUUUGGAAAGCAUUUAUCAUAACGUAUAUUCUUAUGAGCUUCCCAGAUUCUAGCAAGCAGUAUGGCCUUUUCUCUAUUUACACUUGUGUUUUGUGAGUUUAACUGCAGGAGAUGUAUGUGCAGCCAGACAGGGGGUGUACAUUUUCCACUGCAAAAAUUAUAAUGUCUGUUAUGUUUAGCGGCGGUCCUGAUUCAAGUGAAUGUGGCCGUACCGCAAUCCUCCUGCAACUGUGUGUAAUGCGUGUGGUUGCAGUGCAAUUGUGUGCUUUUUACAGAAUUAAAACAAGUGGUAAGGAGGCAACUUAUCACCUUCUCCCCACCUGUCAAAUACUACUGAAAAGUGAUCUACUAUGCUGCUUUUCAAGGGUGCAGCAAAGUGCCGUACAUCCAGACUUUCCUUAACCACUUAAGGACCCCUUCACGCCGAUAUACGUCGGCAGAAUGGCACGGCUGGGCACGUCAACGU